AGGGCUUGGACCUGGUAUAAAACAUCUGGAAGUUUCCAGGGGGCUGCUUUGCAUCUGAAACUGCCAGCCUCAGAAUGUUGACAGUCGCUCUCCUAGCCCUUCUCUGUGCUUCAGCCUCUGCCAAUGCCAUUCAGGCCAGGUCUUCCUCCUAUAGUGGAGAGUAUGGAGGUGGUGGCGGAAAGCGAUUCUCUCAUUCUGGCAACCAGUUGGACGGCCCCAUCACCGCCCUCCGGGUCCGAGUCAACAACUACUACAUCGUAGGUCUCCAGGUGCGCUAUGGCAAAGUGUGGAGUGACUAUGUGGGUGGCCGCAGUGGAGACCUGGAGGAGAUCUUUCUGCACCCUGGGGAAUCAGUGAUCCAGGUUUCCGGGAAGUACAAGGGGUACCUGAAGAAGGUGGUCUUUGUGACAGACAAGGGCCGCUAUCUGACUUUUGGGAAAGACAGCGGCACAAGUUUCAAUGCUGUCCCCUUGCACCCCAACACCGUGCUCCGCUUCAUCAGUGGCCGGUCUGGUUCCGUCAUUGAUGCCAUUGGCCUGCACUGGGAUGUUUACCCCAGUAUCUGCAGCAGCUGCUGAGUCCCCUCUCCUUGGCAGGGACACUGUGAUGAGGAGUAAGAACUCUUUUAUCACUAACCCCCAUCCAAGUGGCUCAAUAAAAAAAUAUGGUUAAGGCUA